AGGAUGAAGCAUUAAAAAGAUGAAGGAGAAACUGCAAAGACAAGCUCUUAUAGUGAGGGUGGCUUUGUUCCUACUCCAAGUUCUUACCACAUACCUAAUCCCUCCUUACGACACCUCAGCCGCUGAAGCUUACCCUUCAUCUGGACUCCUCCUAGACGGUAUAACAGCAAUAGGACACGGAAACUGGGACUCAAUCUACUUCAACCACCUCGCACAACAUGGAUAUGACUACGAAAACUUCGGAGCCUUCUUCCCUCUCUACCCUGCUAUAAUAGCCGGGCUCGCCAGUCUGUUGUACCUGCCACUACAACUGCUGAUGUCGUACAGCAGCUGUGUUGUUCUCACCAGUAUCCUGCUGAACAACAGUUUGUUCUACGUCAACUCUCUCAUGUUGUUCAAACUGUCCCGGUUGUUCGGGCUAUCAGAAACAAAAUCCUACCAAGCUGCUCUCCUUUACACUCUCAACCCUGCCAGUAUCUUCCUCAGUGUGGGCUACACUGAGUCUCUCUUCUCUUUCUUUGUAAUCCUGGGUCUCCUCAUUAGAGAAGCUGAUUCUCAGCUCUAUUUCCUUUGUUUCUCCCUUGCUACAGGAGUCCGGAGUAACGGACUUAGUCUCGCAUUCUUCAUCCUGUAUGAUCACAUUCUGAACAUGAUCAAGUCUGGUAAUUUCCUGAUAGUUAACUUUGUGUGUAUGGUUAUACAGACUUGUAUUUCUAUUGCUCCCUUCUUCUGGUUCCAGAGUCACUUCUACAAGUUAUACUGCAACAAUGCCACCAAUACAAAUGGUAGUACUUGGUGUCAGAACGAACUGGGCAUCUCAUACGGCUACAUCCAAUCGGAGUACUGGGGAGUGGGCCUCCUUAACUACUGGCAAGCCAAACAGAUCCCCAAUUUCCUUUUAGCAGCACCAAUGUUUAUCCUUGUGAUCGCCAUCAUGAUUGACGAGGCAGCUAGGCAGUUUAAAAACUUUAAAGAUCUCCGGGCUAGUUACGAGCACACUGAUUACUCUAACUUUACUUUCCUGUUGACUGUCUGUAACUUCCAGUUGGCAGGGUAUUUGCAUCUUGCUGCGCUGACUGCUGUGGGGUUACUAACCAUGCACGUGCAAGUUGUUACAAGGUUCCUGGUUGCAAACUGUCCCUAUUUGUUUCUGUACUGCACGAAGUUUGAGAGACCGAUGAGUAGGAUUGUGCUGUGUUAUUUUGUUGUUUACUGUGUUGCUGGAACUGUUGUUCAUAGCACUUUUUAUCCCUGGACUUAGUUAGUUUUCCAGGAUAUUUGUGCUUUUUAAUUAGUGUUCACUAUUUUUGGAGGUUUUUUUUUCUGGCAGGGGCGACGUUUUAAAAUGUAUUUUAUAUUGUUAUAGUUUUAUAUUGUGUGAUACUUCUUGUUUUGUUAACGAAUCAACUUUCUCUUUUAAAAGGCAUGGUGCCCUCUGUAUUUCUUUGUUUCCCUUUCUCUUAAAUAUCCUUACCUCGAAAUGAUUUGACCAUGAGAACUACAAUCUCUUCGUUCAGCAGCCCAGCAAUGAACGAUCUGACAGCUGCUAUCAAAGAAACCCUAGAAAAUGGCGGAGUAAUGAACGACCUGAGAGGAAAAGUGCGGGCUGAAAUAUUCAGGGCUCUGGAAGACACAACUUUAGAGCGGCCCAAACUUCCAUCAGAUAACCUUCUUAUAAACGAGUUGAUCAGAGAAUACCUCACGUUCAACAACUACCAAAACACACUGUCAGUACUGAUGCAGGAAUCCAGACAGCCUCAUCAGAAACUUGACCGGAACUUCCUUUGCUCGGAACUUCAUGUGAAGUCUACCAGUUCACCUGAUACUCCCUUGUUGUACGGUUUAGUGUCUCACUUCACUGAUCAACACUCAAAUAACUGUAAUGAUGUGAAAGAGACUGAUCUAGGUGAUGAGGAGAGCGGGGAGGAGGAGGAGGUUAAUCUCAGACAGCCCGAGGUUACGAUUAUUCGGAAGUGAGGGUAACUAUGAACUAUCGGACAGAUAUAUAUUACUCCCAAAAUCAGACAUGCCAAUUUCCAGGACUCAAAGAUUUACCUUUUUUAAAUACAAGACGUAACGGCUAAACCUAAAAGUUGCGAUGUCGGGCAGAUAAACUUACAGUAUCAGAGUAUUAUAAGUUAUAACUUAUUUAACAUUAAGUGAGGUCCGUGACUCCACUAUUUUAACAAAUUUGUAAUUUCAUUACCAUGCUCGUUCGUGAUGUACCUCAUCGAAUUUGUGUGUGAAAGAGAAGAUAAUAUUUUUAUUUAUUUGUAUCAUAGCUUUAUAUAUAAUCAGAAUUAUUAAUUAUUUAUAAGACUGUAUACACUAGAGUAUACUAUAGUACACUAUCAAAUAUCAUACAAUCAAUGUUCAUUAUAUUGUAAAUUAUCCUAUUGUACAAAUCUCCUUAGUUUAAAUGAUCUAUAUUCUAGCAAUAUCUGAUGAUAGUUAUAUGUGUAAUUUUAAUGUACUGUACUGAGUUACUGGCGAGGAAGGCCCUAAUAUAUAUCUCUUUGAGAUUUCAUUGAAUUUAGCCCUCCUUUUUUAACAAGUACACUGAUGUUUUAGUAUGACAGAGAAGCGUUAUGUUGAUCGGAGCUACAAGGCCCCUGAAAAUCGUCCUAAGCCCAAUUCAAACUCGCAAAACAUUUUAUAUAUUCUAAAAUCGGACCGAAGUAAAAAAUAUUUAAGGUACUCCGCGGUAAUAUUGCUGGUGUCUAUGAAUGUGGGUAUGGUAUAUGCUGCCAUGAAUUAUGAGAUACCCAAGGACCAUCCUUAUGCUAGUAUGUUCUCUAAAAAGACUAAUCAAUCAAAAUGAUAAGACUGAUUCACCAAAUCAACCCUUGUUAUAGUGACCAAUGGCACGGAAGUACGUUGACCGGAACUACAAACACAAAAUCCCCAAAACUCGUCUCCAGGCCCUCUACAACUUCGUAUCAAACACUAAGGAAGGGAAAGCAAUCGCGUAUAUCGUAAUAACGAUGACCGGCCUGGCGAUAUCUCCCACCUACUACUAUUACAAGGAAGUGGGGAGGAAGGAGUUUAUGCGGAGAGAAGACAGACAAGUGGCCGGAGCUGUUGCUUCUGUUAAGAUAGAUUCCGGAGAUAGUGUUCCUGUAUCGGCUCAGCAACCAGAGGCUGAAUGAAAGCCGAGGGAACAACGUCAUCAGAAAACGUGUAUUUCUAAAAUGAUGUGCGAUUAUGCGAUUAUGCGAUUAUGCGGCUGGCAUUGAUUAAAUACGAUUAAGAAACAUCAGAUGAAUGGAUUGGAUAUGAUGCAGCAGAAACUUUCUAGUGAAAUGCUUUCCUCAGACCGGGACAGUGAUAUUGUUGUAUGUAACUCUUUUUAAAGGCUCUGAGAUUUGUUAAUAUUUGUUAAUUUUGUAACUUAAUUUAUUUUGGACUAGAUAAGUCGUGUCUUCCUGGUUACUUUAUCAUUUACUACGCUGCCAAUUACCUCUUAUAAUUUAUAUACUUGAUACGAGAUUGCUU